CAUACUUUGUUCUUGGCACCAGAGGUGUGACGACGAAUGAAGAAGACAAGCUUCCUUGAGGUACGUCAAUUUCAGUUCCUGAUGAGAGCUAAUAGGCAGAAAAUACAGCCUAAGGAGAGUCCAGAGUGUGAAGAGGCACGUGUGCAGCUUUAGAGAUUCUGGAAGCGCACCAGGGUUAUACACGUUUGAGCAAUGAGCUGCAUGGGGUGAGGGAAGGAAUCCAGUUAGUCUGACGAGCUCAGAGUGAGCCAUUUUGAUGUUUUCUGACACUUUUCCUUACUUGUCGGACUCAGGAGACUAUUGACGACAUAGAUAAGUAAAUGUUCUCUGGGGACUUCCCAUACUUCUCCAUAUUUCUAGGUCCAUCGCUGGUUGAACACAGGGACACAUUUCCCAUUUGGAAGUCUCUUCUUCCUAGAGCUAGAACUUUGAAACCCUAGACAAGCAGAGCAUGCUACCUUAUAUCAUAGCUACUUCCUAAUUCCUGGUUCCAGAUUUUGCAGUAGGAAUGGGAGUGAUGGUAGUUUGCAAGGAGAGUCCCAGCGUUUCACUUCUCCUGUUCCCCAACACUCUGCAGUCCCCUGGUGACAAGUGGAAUCAUCAUCUCUGAGCUAGAAGUCACAAACUCAGAGCUAGUGAGGCUUCUCCUAUUGAGGGGGCACAUUCACUGUAAUGAGCAGAAGAAAGUGACUUCUACCAUAAGAAUAAGGAGGAAAAAUUGGACAGUGAGCUCCAGGAAACUGGCUACCAGAAGUCAGGAAAAGACUCAAUAGUUUGUCUCAAGAUAGCUCAUUAUCUUAAGACAUCAUCCUGAGUGGAACCCACCCCUCUGCCUGUCAUCCUUCCCAGGAAGAAUGAUGAUACAGGUAACUGAAUUGAAAACUUCAAAGUGAAGAUGAGGCAAAUGAAUCUGUGUUCAAAGGAAACAAGGAGAAGGAACCAUGUCUAAGUGAGAUUGACUAGGAAUACUUUCUUGGAACUGUUGAGAUGCAGUAGUUAUUUCAGGGCAUGGAUACACAGGUCCAGGAGACAGAUUAGGACACUCAGGAUGGAAGGGGCCAUGCUCUAAAUGGAUAUGUUGUGGCCAUGGAAGUCGAUAAGAUGGUUAAGGAAGGUGCAGGCUGAAUGUCUAGUGAAUUGAGAGACAAGGGUGAUUCCUGGGGUGGGUGUGAUCCAGCGCAUAGAGUGGUAUUGGUGAUUAUCUCUUACUUAACUGGACAUGCCCACUUAUCUUCAUAUAUUAUGCAUGUUGUUCAUAAAACACUUAACAUCAACUUUUUACAGGGAACAGUGAAAGGUGGACCCUGCUGCUCAUGCUAUGGAGCCUGAGAGCAGGAGAGGUAUUUGUCAAACUGUGAAUGUCUUUAGUGAUUUGAAUUUAACGGCAUGUUGUCUUUCCUUUGCCCUGUAGAUUUCAAAAACAGCAAAAGCAUACGGCCAAAUGUUGGAAAAUUACUCUAGUGUCACUGAAUUUUAUCUCCUUGGCUUCCCUGGCUCUAAAGAACUACACAAUAUUCUCUUUGCCACCUUCUUUUUCUUCUACUCUGUGACAUUAAUUGGAAACAUGGUCAUAAUCUUGACAGUCUGUGUUGAUAAACGUCUUCAGUCUCCCAUGUAUUUCUUCCUGGGUCACCUCUCUGUCCUAGAGAUCCUGACCACAUCUGUGGCCGUCCCUCUGAUGCUCUGGGGUCUGCUUCUUCCUGGGAUGCAGGCAGUAUCUUUGAGUGCCUGUUGUGUACAACUGUAUUUGUACCUGUCUUUGGGAACGUCGGAGUUGUUAUUAAUAGGAGCGAUGGCUGUGGACCGUUACGUGGCUGUCUGUAACCCUCUGCGGUACACCAUCAUUAUGAACAGCCACACCUGUCUCUGGGUGGUAAUUGUGUCCUGGGUAUUUGGCUUCCUGUUUGAAAUCUGGCCAGUCUAUGCCACGUUUCAUCUUACUUUCUGCAAAUCAAAUGUGCUAGACCAUUUUUACUGUGACCGAGGGCAACUGCUCAAACUAUCCUGUGAUAACAGUCUUUUCACAGAGUUUAUUCUGUUUUUAAUGGCUGUUUUCAUUAUUGUUGGUUCGAUGAUCCCUACAAUUGUCUCCUACACCUGCAUCGUAUCCACCGUCCUCAAGAUCCCCUCCGGCUCUGGCCGCAGGAAAGCCUUCUCUACCUGUGCUUCCCACUUCACCUUUGUUGUCAUCGGCUACGGCAGCUGUUUGUUCCUGUUUGUGAAACCCAAGCAAACGCAGGCUGCUGAGCACAACAGGGUAGCAUCACUGAUGGUUUUAGUGGUGAACCCUUUUCUGAACCCUUUUAUCUUCACCCUCCGGAAUGACAAAUUCCUAGAGGCCUUUCGAAAUGUCAUGAAACGCUGCCGUCAACUCCUGAAGGGUUAGCUGUGUCCUGAGGAUGGACUCAUUACCUUGGGCCUGAGUAAGCGGAAAGCACAGAUUAAAAUCUGAAAUAAUCAUGUUCAUCGGCACACUGUUUGUGAUCUACAAGGUAACUUUUAAAUACUGACUGCUUCAGUUGAUAAGUGAGUCAUUCCUAUAUGGUAGGCUGUUGUUUUUAAGUGCUUAUAUUCAUUAAUACAUAUUACUGUAGUUAAAAUGCUUCUCACAAAAUAAAUUUUAAAACUGUAAAUAUGCAAGCUAUUAAAAAACACUGAGUUGUUUGAAAGGGAAAAGCAUUCAUAAUGUUGUUCAUUGUCUUACAACUGACCUAAAUGUUUGAUUCUAGGUGCUGGGUCAUCCUCACCUAUAUUGUUUUGUGAUUUUUCUGGUUUUCUCACUGCUGGAAGUUCCCUAUAUUACUUCCAUGAACAAUACCAAGUCCAGCUUCAGGGAUCAACAUUAUUGAGGCUUCUGCUCCAAGGUUCAACAGUGACAGUGGCUUCCUGUAAAUUUUCUCGACUGACAAUUGUGUUCAUCCUCUCCUGGCACUUUCUUUCCUCCUUCCUCUCUGUAGCUCUCUUUCUGUGGUUCCAGGUCUUUAAUUCAUUUCUGGGUUCUUUUCCUUUCCCCCUCACACACCCCAAGUUUACCACACUAUUUUCCAGCUUUCCACAAAUUUGUCCUUCUCCCGUCUCUCCAGCA